ACAUUUCACUAUUAGUUCUUUACUCCACCGAUUUGUCCAAUUGGCUUAUCGCUCUCAAAUUCCCAAUGCAGUUUCAGUUGCAGCAGCUGCAGCUUCAUGGAGGCCGAAUUUCGAAACCUCCAACACUAAGCAACAACCAAAUGCCUUUAACUUCCAUUUCUCUUCAAUCCAGCUUCACCUUAACCUCACUCAGAUUUCCCUCUCCAUUCUUCCAUUCCCUUCCCCAAUUUACCCAUGUUCUUCCUCUCCACUCGCGUUCCUUUUGUAUGAAACCCAUCGCGACCUGCAAGAUGAACGAUGCAGAUUUGAUAUCACAGUUGGAGCUUGGAAAACCACUGCAGAAUCGGAAAACGGAGAAGCGUGUUAAUGGUAUAUUCUGGAUUAUUCUUCUCAACAUUGGAAUAUAUGUGGCUGAUCACAUUUUUCAGGUUCGUAAUAUAGGAGCUUUGUACCUGUAUCACAAUCGUCCUGCUUGGUAUCAAUUUUUUACAGCAACAUUUUGUCACGCUAAUUGGAACCAUCUCUCUAGCAAUCUUUUUUUCUUGUAUAUAUUUGGGAAACUUGUUGAAGAAGAGGAAGGAAACUUUGCUUUGUGGCUUUCCUAUAUUCUUACUGGUGUAGGUGCAAACGUUGUCUCAUGGCUAAUUUUACCAAGAAAUGCUGUUUCAGUUGGAGCUUCUGGUGCUGUUUUUGGUUUGUUUACCAUAAGUGUUCUUGUAAAGAUGUCAUGGGAUUGGAGGAAGAUACUUGAAGUCCUUAUACUUGGUCAAUUCGUUAUAGAGAAGGUCAUGGAAGCAGCUCAAGCGUCGACCGCAUUGUCGGGAAGCUUCCGUGGAGGACAUCCAUUGCAGAAUGUGAACCAUGUUGCACAUCUCUCCGGGGCGCUGGUUGGUGUCCUUCUGGUAUGGCUUCUUAGUAGAAUUCCUUCUCAAUCUCUUGAUCAAGAUGCAUCAGCUUUGCAUAGGAAAGGAAGAUGAUUCCAAUAGGCCAUUCCACUUUGAAAUUGAAAUGUAUUUCAGUUGUAUAAUAUGUGUUCUUUGUUUGUAUCUUCUCUAAAAAUUUUCUGCUACAGUUUUGAUUAUAGGCUGUGAAUGUGAAUCAUUACAAUUUCUCUUAAA